AUUCUAGCCGGGGCUCAGAUUGUCUGUGUGAGAACAAAGAAUAAAGGACCAUGGGCUUUCUGCUGCUGAUCCUUCUGGCUCUGCUAGCCUCUGUCCUGGGGGGCUUCUACCUCCUGGGGGCUGUCAGGCAGCGUCGACCCGGGGAACCCCCCCUGGACCGGGGCCCCAUCCCCUGGCUGGGCCAUGUCCUUGAGUUCCGCAGGGACACAGCAAAGUUCCUGGAGAGGAUGAAGGGGAAGCAUGGGGAUAUUUUCACCGUGCAGCUGGGAGGAUUCUACUUCACAUUCCUUAUGGACCCUCGGUCCUUCGGGACGAUUGUGAAGGAGGCCCGCACCAAACUGGACUUCAGCAAGUUUGCACAGCAUCUGGUGCAGAAAGUGUUUGGUUACCACUCUGACCACAGGUUUCCUCAGAUGUCCAGCAACAAGCACCUGAUGGGGGACGGUUUAGUGGUCAUGACACAGGCUAUGAUGAGCAACCUACAGAAUCUGAUGCUGCACAGUGUAGGGACGGGGGAUAAUAACGAUAUGCCCUGGAAUGAGGACGGUCUGUUCAACUACAGCUACAACAUUGUCUUCAGGGCAGGUUACCUGGCUCUGUUCGGUAAUGAGACACCAAAACCCACAGAGAGCAUAGAGAAAGCCAGAGAGGUCGACAGAGUGGAGUCCCAGGAGCUCUUCCUUGAGUUCCGUAAGUAUGACCAGCUCUUCCCCAAUCUGGCCUAUGGGGUCUUGCCUCCAGGGGAGAAGAGAGAGGCGGAGAGGCUGAAGAGGCUGUUCUGGAACAUGCUGUCAGUGCAGAAGGUGAGGACUAAGGAGAACAUCAGUGUCUGGGUGCGCGAGCAGCAGCAGGAUAGGGAGGAGCACGGUAUGGAAGACUUCAUGCAGGACAGGUACAUGUUUCUUCUCCUUUGGGCCUCACAGGGCAACACAGGCCCUGCUGCCUUCUGGCUGCUCUUCUACCUCAUGAAGCACCCAGACGCCAUGAGGGCCGUGCAGGGGGAAGUGGAGGAGGUGCUUAAGGAGACAGGCCAGGAGGUGAAGCACGAAGGCCCUUUCAUCAACCUGACCCAGGACAUGCUGCAAAAGACGCCCAUCUUGGACAGUGCCGUGGAGGAGACACUCCGCCUCACCUCCGCCCCCGUACUAACCAGGGCCGUGCUCCAGGACAUGUCCCUGAAGAUGGCAGACGGAAACGAGUACCGCAUCAGAGAAGGAGACAGAGUAGCCCUGUUUCCUUACACUGCUGUCCAGAUGGACCCGGAAGUCCACCCCGACCCACUCACCUACAAGUAUGACCGCUUCCUGACUGCAGAUGGGGGUAAAAAGACUGACUUUUACAAAGGUGGGAAAAAAAUUAAAUACUACAACAUGCCGUGGGGUGCUGGGAUCACUAUGUGCCCAGGACGCUUCUUCGCCACCAACGAGUUGAAGCAGUUUGUCUUCCUCAUGCUCACAUACUUUGAUUUUGAGCUCAAGAACCCAGAUGAAAAGAUACCUGAUAUUGACACCAAGCGCUGGGGCUUUGGGUCCAUGCAUCCAACCAGAGACAUCCAGUUUAGAUACAGACUCAGGUUUUAAAAAUGGUUGACUGACACAAACCAGCCUUUGACAACAUUUUGACAACUGUUAAUCUGAUGAUGAUUAUUAUAAACUAUGUGCCUAAACAUUAAUUUAUCUAGAGUACAUAGGACAGUAAAAUGUGUUACAGUAUUACAAUAACUGGAUAUAAUUGCUGUGUUAAUUUAGAUGAAAAAUAAUUGACCUGUUCUCUCUUUGAAAAUGACUGGAAGGAAUAUUUUUGUUUAUGCUUAGAGUCAACUGGAAAGUAGAUAUAGCAUAAUUGAAAGCUGACAUGGACAGAAAAUAAUCUGUCCUGUAAAGCCGGUGAGUAAUAGGAAAGGGUUAGAGAUAGUCUUAGAAAUGCACACAUGUUAUCUGUAAGUGAACUACAAAAAAUAUAAAAUACUUAGGAUGCUUAAUAAGUGACAAAAAAUAUAUAAAGUUAACUUUAUCCCAUUACUCAA